AUGAACCUUGGUGGUCCCAAAACUUUGGAUGGGGUUGAAGAUUUUCUUACACGACUUUUUUCAGAUCCUGAUAUUAUUCCCAUACCAUUUCAAAAACAUCUGGCGCCAAUAAUAGCCAGACGAAGAACACCGAAAAUUCAAAGUCAUUAUUCAAAAAUUGGUGGAGGAUCACCAAUAUUAUCAUGGACACAGAAACAAGCUGAUGGAUUAGUAAAAUUGUUGGAUAAGACAAACCCUGAAACAGGUUUAUAUGCACCACCUUUAACAGAGGAUACAAUCACACAAAUGAAGAAAGAUGGUGUGCGCCGAGCUGUUGCAUUUACCCAAUACCCACAAUACUCAUGUUCAACUACAGGAAGCAGUUUAAACGAAUUAUAUCGUAAGCUUCUAAAACACGACACUGAAGGAUCAAUCAAAUGGAGUUUGAUUGAUCGUUGGCCAACACAUCCUGGUUUAAUUAAUGUAUUUGCACAUCAUAUAGAAGAAUCACUUAAACAAUAUCCUCCUGAGACACGAAAUAAAGUUAUUUUAUUAUUUUCAGCACAUUCUUUACCAAUGGUAGUUGUGAAUCGUGGUGAUACUUAUGUAAAUGAAGUGGCAGCCACUGUUCAUCAUGUAAUGGAACGUUUAAAUUUUUCAAAUCCAUACAGACUUGUGUGGCAAUCUCAAGUUGGGCCUCAACCUUGGAUGGGGCCUAAAACUGAUGAAGUCAUAUUUGGUUAUGGAAAAAAAGGAAUUAAAGACAUCCUGCUUGUACCAAUUGCAUUCACAUCUGAUCAUAUUGAAACACUUUACGAAUUAGAUAUAGAAUAUGGUCACGAAGCUCAAAAGGCUGGAAUUUCAGGAAUAAAACGUAUAGAAUCGUUAAAUGACGAUCCGAUGUUUAUUGAAGCAAUGGCAAAUAUUGUAAAAGAUCAUUUGAAUUCAAACAAGUCAAUGUCUACACAAUUAACAAUCAGGUGUCCAAAAUGUAAAAAAGAUAUUUGUCAGGAAACCAGAGAUUUUUUUACAAAUCAAUAA